AUGCUGAAGAAGCAGCCUGCAGGUCUUGUGCUGUGGGGCGCCAUCCUCUUCGUGGCCUGGAACGCCCUGCUGCUGCUCUUCUUCUGGACGCGCCCUGUGCCCAGCCGGCUGCCCUCGGACGGCGCUCUGGAUGACGACCCCAGCAGGCUCACCCACGAGGUGAUCCGCCUGGCCGAGGACACCGAGGCGGAGCUGGAGCGGCAGCGGGGGCUGCUGCAGCAGAUCUGGGAGUACUCUGUGCGGCGUGGCCAGCGGCGGAGGGUGCCCACUGCGGUCCCACCUGUGCCGCCGCAAGGGCCCGUGACCUUGCCGCCAGCUGUGAUCCCCGUCCUGGUCAUCGCCUGUGACCGCAGCACCGUCCGGCGCUGUCUGGACAAGCUGCUGCACUAUCGGCCCUCGGCCGAGCGCUUCCCUAUCAUCGUCAGCCAGGACUGCGGGCACGAGGAGACAGCUCAGGUGAUAGCCUCCUACGGCAGCGCCAUUACCCACAUCCGACAGCCCGACCUGAGCACCAUUGCGGUGCCCCCCGAGCACCGCAAGUUCCAGGGCUACUACAAGAUCGCACGCCACUACCGCUGGGCCCUGGGCCAGGUCUUCCGCAGGUUCAAGUUCCCGGCGGCCGUGGUGGUGGAGGACGACCUGGAGGUGGCCCCCGACUUCUUCGAGUACUUCCAGGCCACCUACCCGCUGCUGAGGGCCGACCCCUCGCUGUGGUGCGUGUCUGCCUGGAACGACAACGGCAAGGAGCAGAUGGUGGACGCGGGCCGGCCCGAGCUGCUCUACCGCACCGACUUCUUCCCCGGCCUGGGCUGGCUGCUGCGGGCCGAGCUGUGGGCCGAGCUGGAGCCCAAGUGGCCCAAGGCCUUCUGGGACGACUGGAUGCGGCGGCCGGAGCAGCGGCAGGGCCGGGCCUGCCUGCGGCCCGAGAUCUCCAGAACCAUGACCUUCGGCCGCAAGGGGGUGAGCCACGGGCAGUUCUUUGACCAGCAUCUCAAGUUCAUCAAGCUGAACCAGCACUUUGUGCCCUUCACCCAGCUGAACCUGUCGUACCUGCGGCAGGAGGCCUAUGACAGGGAUUUCCUUGCCCGCGUCUAUGGCGCCCCUCUGUUGCAGGUGGAGAAAGUGAGGACCAGUGAGCGGAAUGAGCUGGGGGAGGUGCGGGUGCAGUACACCAGCAGGGACAGCUUCAAAGCCUUCGCCAAGGCCCUAGGAGUCAUGGAUGACCUCAAGUCGGGGGUCCCGAGGGCCGGCUACAGAGGCAUCGUCAGCUUUCUGUUCCGGGGCCGCCGUGUCCACCUGGCGCCCCCGCAGACCUGGGAGGGCUACGACCCCAGCUGGAAUUAG